AUGUGGUCAGGAGGGGGACACAUUACAUACAAGAACUGGGCUGCCAAUCAACCAAAUAAUUAUAGGGGCAAUCAGAACAGAGGAGUCAUCAGAUCUGAUAGACAAUGGAAUGACCUCAGCGGUAAACGGUCUUACCAUUUUUAUUGCAUCGAUGUGACUGUGGUGGAGGAGAAGAUGUCCUGGGAGGACGCUCUGAGUCACUGCAGAGAGAAACAAACUGAUCUCCCCAGUCUGAUCUCUAUAACCGACCUCUUUCUGACCCAGACUGGGAUCAACCACAUCACUGAGCGGGUGUGGAUCGGCCUGCGUUUCCUGGGUGACCGCUGGAUGUGGGUCAACGGUGACCCUCUGGAAUAUGAGGCCUGGUCCCAAGCAGGAGGUCAAGACCACCAGUGUCCAAUAAGGAAACGCUGUGGAGCUUUAACCAAAGAGGGACUGUGGGAGAACUGGGACUGUGAAGACAAACUCAACUUCAUCUGCACCUGACACAUUCUGAAG